AAAACAUUACACACUGAAAAAUCGGAUCGAGCGGGGCACCAAACCUGCGAUUUCAAUUCCCAAUCUCGACUUCUCCUCUGCCCCUCCCUCCGCCUGUCCCCCCCCCACUGAAUUCGCCGUCAAUCUCGCCACCUAUGCGUAAUCCCACGGCCGGUUCCCCCCGUCCCGCCCCUCCCAUGGCAGCCGACGUCUCCAUCCUUCUGGUCUCCUCACAGCCGCGCGCCCAGUAACACCGCCGAUUCUCGCCCCCUUCGUCUUCUCUGUUUCCAGGGCUAGUAGAGGAUCGGUGCUUUGGAGCGAGAGAGUGUUGUCUCACAGGUUUUGAGUUCUCAUUUGGCGGGUCGGUGUUUGCUCUUCUCUUGGUUGGCACCAAAGGAAAGGAGGUCUGACAAGAUGAACCGUGCAAGAAGAGGAGGGAGAUCAUUUUCCCUCUGGUUAUGUGCAGUGGUUUGUCUCAUGGCUCAGCCGGGAGCUUGCAGUGUGGUGCUGAUGGCGAAUAACACAACCUUGUCUUUCAGUGAUGUCGAGGCAACAUUUACUCCAGAAGUGAAAGGUUCAGGUUUAAACGGUGUAAUUUACACCGUCGAACCUCUUGAUGCUUGCAGUCCUCUGACAAAGAAAGCAGUCGAAGGGCCUGCAUCACCAUUUGCAUUGAUUUUAAGAGGCGGCUGCCAAUUUGAUGAUAAAGUCAGAAAUGCUCAGGAUGCCGGAUUCAAGGCUGUGAUAGUAUAUGAUAACAAAGACCACGGUGUCCUUGUUUCAAUGGCUGGAAGCUCAUCCGGUAUCGACAUAUAUGCGGUCUUCAUCUCUAAGACGUCAGGAGAGGUGUUGAAACUAUAUUCAGGUCAAAGUGAUGCUCAGGUGUGGAUAAUAUCAACGCGUGAUAACUCAGCUUUGUCAAUCAUGGCAAUAUCUUUCACAGCACUGCUUGCUAUGUCUGCUGUUCUGGCCACUUGUUUCUUUGUGAGAAGACACCAGAUGAGAAGGGACAGGGCUCGAAUACCUGCAGCACGAGAAUUUCAUGGAAUGAGCAGUCAGUUAGUCAAGGCAAUGCCGAGUCUUAUUUUUACAAAAGUCCAGGAAGACAAUUGUACUUCGUCAACAUGUGCCAUUUGCUUGGAAGACUACAGUGUUGGUGAAAAGAUAAGGGUGCUGCCUUGUCGUCACAAGUUCCAUGCUGCUUGCGUGGACCUGUGGCUCACAUCAUGGAGGACAUUCUGCCCUGUAUGCAAGCGAGAUGCAAAUGCUGGAAUGUCAAAUCUCCCUCCAUCAGAGUCUACCCCUUUGCUUUCUUCUGCUAUUCCCUUACCAGCUGAAUCGACAGCUUUGUCUUCUUUUCGUUCAAUGGUAGCAGCAUCUCCUCCAAGGACAAUAAGCCGGCAUCCUUCAUGGCAGUCCAUGUCCCGCACUAACUCCAAUUCCAGUAUCCUCCACACCCGUAACCCAUGCAGAUGUUUUUCCAACUCACCUGCUAUCAGUACAAGUAGGAGCAGUGUAGACCUUGCAAACAUGUCAUCGCCAUGGUCUAACACUCCGCACCUUGCAUCCGCGCACUCCCUGGGUGGAGGGCAUUUUUCUCCGCCGAUCAGCAUCGGAUACACAUCACCACAUGUCUCCCCUUUCGGCUACAGAUUCUCUGGACAGUUUGUAGGUUCACCCCACAUCCCCCGUUCUGAGAACGGGCCUCCAAGUUAUUAUCCUGGCUCUUCAGGGCAGCAGUACCCUUACCUGAGGCAUCGCACAGAGUCAGGGUCAAGCUUAUUUACCAUGGUGCCCCAGUCGCCACAACAGAUCCUGCUGCAGGAUGGUGGCGACUCGGCAACGAGUCUAUCAGCUUCAGCAUCGACCCAGUCGCUCCGUCAGGCCUACCUGCAGCAUUGCCCUGAUUCUGAUGUGAGCUUAUCUGCUGCAACAUCGGCUCAGUCGCUGCCAGGGUGCUGAUUGCCCUUACAGGUUCACCAUUGAAGUCCAGUUAGACCUGUUACAAUAGAAUAAGCUCUCCAUGAGGCGUUCAGCGGCGGCCACCAUUGUGAAGCGGAUUUGAAUGAGCAAUAGGAAGCUGCCUGGGUAGAGCCGGUGACCUUUAAUCUGACCAACUAGCAAGGAUUGUCUUGAGGCGUGUGUGCUACUGAUGAUGCCAGGAGUGUAUAUUAUUGCAGUUUAAUAGGGAUCUACUGUUAGUUGCAGUCAGAAAUGCCUUGUGCUAGUAAGAUGACGUAUAUAUUCUGUUCAUGAAUGCUUCAGAGAAAUAUAUUAAUCUUGUUCGUUCUCA